AUGGCGGACCAACUUCUCGAGCAAGUGCGCGACGCCGUCGAGGGCCAGAUUGUAUGCGAUGCCUUGUCCAGACCCAGACCCAGGCCUAGACAUACACACCAACCGCUGCUUCACGACAAGGACUUCGAGGGCCAGAGGCUGGCUGAUAUGCUGAGCACAGUUCUCCUUGGCGCUGCUGGUAUCAUUGCCUUCAUUGUCGGCUACAUGGCACAAGACAUCCGCCUCACCCUCUACAUUGGCCUCGCUGGCACCGCCCUCACCUUCCUUGUCGUUGUGCCCCCGUGGCCCUUUUACAACAAGAACCCCGAAGGCUGGCUACCAAAGUACAACGCUUCUUCGCAAUACAACAUCGACGUCGACGGGGAGAAGGUGGGAUAG